AUGUCAACACCCUCCAGAGGAACUGGUAAUUCCAGAGAUCCGAUAGCGUUAGAUUCUUCAGAUGAGGAUAGACCAAGGUUGAGUCAAGCUGGACCCUCAGGCGCAGGAGCAAGACCUGGUCGAUCAAGCUCAACUACCAGACGAGGUAUUCUAUCACAAUCAAGUCGAUUCGUGGAUCUCACAUUAGAAGACUCCGGUUCAGGCUCAGAUUCAGCCCCUCCCCCUUCCUCUUUCAAACCGCCUUCAUCGUCAUCAAGAUCAACUAGGCAACUUCGAAGAUCUAUCCCAGCCAAUACGUAUAAAGAUGCAAUAGACCUGAGUGAAGAUCAGCCUAUGGCUGGACCCUCGCGGCAGGUCAAGGAAGAAGUGAUGGGAAAAGUUGGAUCAUGGCUCAAUCCAGCUGUAUAUGAUCCCAACGUAGCCAAGUCAAGAAUACAGCCAGAAGAGGCUCCAAGUGGAUCAUGGCUGAAUCCUGCAACUUACGUCCCACCGCCUAGUUCUCGCGCAAUAUCGCCUAAUACAUCAAUGAUACAAGAUGGAAGUUGGUUGAACCCUACUGUACUUGCACCUCCUCGGGCAGAUUCCCCUCCCAAACAAGAUUUCGCUCUACCACAUUCUUGGACAGAUCUAAGGUCCCUUUCUUCAACUCCUGGACCAAAUAUCUUAGCUGCAUUUGCACCUCAUCGUGCGGUCUCACCGCCCAAUCAAGAUUUCGCCCUACCACAAUCUUGGACAAAUUUGAGUUCUCUUUCCUCGACUAAUGGACUCAAUACUCCGGCGGAAUCUCUGCAAGAAAUCUUCAUUGCCGGGCCAUCUACGAGAUCAACGAACAUCCCAGAAAGUAACUCGGCGGAUCAUAUGGAAUAUCGGAUCGAUCCCUCAACUGCUGCACAAUCCAAAUCUGUCGGAUCUCAAUCAGCCCCCGAACCAAAUAUAGAACCUUCAACGUCAGAACGCGAGGCAGACGAUCGCGUCGCUGGGUCAUGGCUCAAUCCAGUGACACUCGAACCACCACAACCAAUACAACCUGUAUCAGAAUCAGAGUCGGGCUCAUGGCUUAAUCCUGCAACUCUACAGCCUAAUAUAACCCACAAACGAUCACCGUCACCGACAGAGCUAGUAAGGGAAGAAGCAAAAUCUAGGAAAGGGAAAGCUAGGAAAAUAGAUUCGCCCCCGACUGUUGUUGAACCUCGAAAGGAAGAAGCGGUCAUGGAUUCUCCCAAAGCGAUUAAGAAAGGUCCGAAAUGGGUGACUGAUGAACAACCUUCUCCUACGAAGAGUCAACCUGUAGAUGGAUCGAAACAAUCGGGCAAAGGGAAGGAUACCAGCCCACCACCUGUCCCAAUGACGCAAAGGUCGACCUCGCAGAACACAGUCGAGCAAGAUGUAAUCAUGCAGGAUACGGCCCUUCCCACACCUCUGCCGGUACCACCUGUCAUCUCUGAAAACGACAUACGAAUAGAGGAAGAUUCACAUCAGGACAAAAACACCGUUUCCGAUCCUCAAAACAUACCUUCGAACUCACCACCAGUAUCGCAGAUCUUUUCAGAGCCGGUCUUGGAGUUGCAUCUGGACUUGACUUCACCACCAUUGGUACCUCCCAAAAGACUGAGAGACCCAUCGCCUGCUCCAACAGCGAAUCCUUCUGUUCCAAUCACCAAGAGAUCCGCACAGACAGCCUCUGCCUCGGUAGAAACAAUACCAGUGGAAACGACAACGGAAACGUCAACUAUAUCGGGAGGCGGGGGUAUGAUGUUGGAAGUGGCUGCGGAUGAACAGAAAAGAGGACAGUCCAGCACAGGAGAAGUCCUUGAAUCGGAGGUAUUCCCGUUGUCGGAUCAAGCUGUCACGGACACCUCGAGAUCACAAAUCGAAGACUUAACACAGACGACACCUCAAGUCUCUGCUGUCCCACAACACGUCUCGCCAAUGACCCCAUUGUCUCCGUCAUUAGGCGCAAAUCGUACCAUCGAGCAGGGCUCACCACAAAUAGCCAUCGAAAUUCCCAUUCCUCAGACUCCAGAAAUCUCAAUGCCACAAACACCCCAGACUACCGAUAGUCAAGAGGUAGACGCUGUGCUAGGCACUUCCAUAAUCAGCCCAAUAGCUGAAAUACGCCCCGCAACUGCGACUCAGAACCAUCAAAUAGACAUUUUCGACUCUCAGGCAUCUCCCGCAGAAGAUCUCGGCCCUGCACUAGAGGAACCCCUUGUUCAGCCUGAGCAAUCCGCCGAACCUGAUGCUAUCACGAAUUCACCCACCAUACAUCCUCUCCCUUCAGCCUCAUACAAUCCUUCGCCUGAACCCUCUAUCAGGGAUGACCAGAAUGGUCUACAACCCCUCGCAUCGACAGCGGUACCAGUGUCCCAGUCGAAGGAUUCCGAUGUCAAGCCUGUAUUGCCAUUGCCAUCUGACCCAAUCUCAAUCUCAUCGAUACAUGGCUCAUCCUCCGUGCACCCCAUUGAGAUCGAUGACGAUGACCUGGACUGUCUUACUAGUGACAAAGGAGAUGAAAGCCCCAUCAGGCAGGAACUCUCAGUGGAGAAGGCAGUGGAGGAAGUUCGAAUCGGCAUAGACGAUGUGGAAAUAGCACCUCUACCCCAAGAUAGUGUCCUGGAAAACGAACAACGCACUCGUCGUUCGAGCAGUGCUCCGUCCAUCGAAGAGAUUACUGGAGACGCUUUCAUUCCAAAGUUUGGCGAGCCUUCUCGAUCCGUUCGUCAUUCGCUCGUAUCGGGCCACGAGCCCCGCGCAGAGCUUGAUGAAUCACAACCAAUACCGCGCGUUCGACCUCGAUCAAAUCGCAAAAUCAUCUCGAGCCCAGAGGACACGACCAGGGUAUCCGCAUCCUCCUCGUCCAGUGAUCAGUCUCCUCCGCCCAAAUUCGAAGUGGUCAUUCCGACUCGGUCGAGACAUGCCUGGCGAUGGAUUGUAGAGCAUGAAGGUGAAUCAGACGUGGAGGACUUGGUGGAUGAAAGUUCGGAUGGUGCACCCUCUAGUGGGCCUUCCAAUGCUGUUGAGUUGGUUGAAUAUAAUGGAUUUACAGUCCGAAGCUCCUACAAGAUCCCGAUUGCAGGAGAAGUACACACCCCUCUGGAAGAUGUCGAAUCCAAUAUCCAUACAGUAUUAUCAGAGAUUUUACCUGAUCCAUUACCUCCAUCUGAUCGAAUCGGUCGAGCGAACCGAAUUUUAAAUGCGAAGUUGAUAGAUGAGUGGAAUCGACGUAAACCCCACUUGACCAAUAACCCUUCAUUGCAUCGAGCAGUGUUCGAAGCUUACAUGGCUCAAAGUACUUCGAUUGACGAACCUCAAGCGGACGAAAUUAGAGUAGUCAAUGAUAUCGAUGGUGAAGGUGCACCACCCGAUUUCGAAUUCCAAUAUUCCAACGAUAUGCUCUAUAACCCUGAUGUUCCUGAUCCAGAACUAGGGGUAGGAUGCGAUUGUGAUGGACCUUGUGAUCCGAAUGAUAAGAGUUGUAGUUGUGUGAGAAGACAGGAAUUGUAUUUCUAUGAUUUGGGAAUGAAAGGUUUCGCUUAUGAUGACCUUGGUCGGAUUAAAGAGACUUCUGUUAGUGUUUGGGAAUGCGGUAAAAAUUGCGGUUGUCCACCUGAAUGUGGGAAUAGGAUCAUCCAACGUGGUCGAGGUAAAGAUACGAAGAUCGAAUUGUUCAAGACGAGAUGGAAAGGGUGGGGUAUAAGAGCCAGAGCACCCAUAGCAGCUGGGACCUUCUUGGGUAUCUAUGCAGGUGAAUUGAUCACUGAGCAGGAAUCGGAGGAAAGAGGGAAAUUGUAUGCUCAAAUUGGUAGAACAUACCUGUUCGAUUGCGAUGGUUGGCAGAUCGCCCAUCCACCUUCAGGUCUAUCACGUAUAGAUCCCAGAUCGGCCGAACUGGCAGAACUUGCCGCUCAGAGAGCAAAGAUCGCAGCUGAAGAAGCUGAUGAUCCGAGCUAUGUUUAUUCUGCUUAUAGUGUGGAUGCUUUUCAUUAUGGGUUCACGCGAUAUUUCAAUCAUUCAUGCGAUCCUAAUCUAGCUAUCACGCAAGCUUACGUCAAGGACUUCCAUCCUGAACGACCUAUCCUCGUUAUAUUCGCUCGACGUCCUAUUGCACGGAACGAAGAGCUGUGUAUAUCAUAUAAGGGAUUACCUGACGACGACGAGAUUCCAAUACCGACUCCUCAACCCAAAUUGACCACCCGAAAUGCCAAAGCUAAGAAAUCCAAAACUUCCGCUUCUGCACAUAUCACCCCUACGACCAAAGGUAAGGUCGCAGCUAAAGAUAGAUGUAUGUGUAAGACUGCUAGAUGUGAUGGGAGGAUGUUCAAUUAUGGUGGAUAA